AUGAAUUGUAAAACAUUAUCACUGCUGUUUUGCAUUUGUACUCUGGUAUCGUCAGUCUGGUGUGCUGCCAUAAUCCCAUAUGAAACCGUGAACUCAGUCUUGCUAGUUGAUAGUGAACCGAAUAGUCUAAAUUCAAUUAAUGCUGAAGAGAUUAUAGAAGGAUCCGGUGCUUCCGAACUGGUAGCAAAUGGUAUUAUAGGACAGUUGGUUAUCAAUGAUGCUGUUACUGGCAUGACAGUUUCAUAUGAAAAUGAAAUUGGUUCGGGUGGUGAAGAGGAGGAUGCAGAUAUCGCUUACAGUAUUAGAAGACUUAACCGAAGAGAUAUUCCCUCUUCAAGCUUACAGUAUUUGGUGGAACAAGAGGAAGGUUCUGGUGAAGAGUGGGCAAAUAAUUUGUUGCCAAGUGAUGUGAUAUUUAAUGAAAUUGCACCAUUGUCAGCUGAUCAACUGUCUGAGAACACUGGUGUAAAUGCAGCCUUGAUAGAAAGUAGGGAGGAAGGUGGGUCUGGUAUGGAGGAUGAGAACUUUCUCCCAGUGCAAGAGUUGCUAGAAUUGGCCAAGAAGCAGUAGAGUAGAAAUAAUGAAGAACAGUAUCGAGCAACCUACAUAACGUUAAAAAGGAAAGAGAACUACACACAGAAAUACUUGCUGAUUCUACUAGCAUAUUCGAAUGACUAUCCUGCUUACAUGCCAAUAUAAUAUUUUUGUCUAUAUAUAAUACAUAGUGCACUUAACAUUUUUAUGAGCCCAUCUCAAGCAUUCAUUUUGAUUUCAAGACAA